CGCCAAUAAUGGAGAAAUAAAAAAGAAAGAAGCAUGGAGCACACAAUGAAUCUAAGAGUUUAUGGAAUUACACAUUAUCUCCAGGUUGGUCCUAGGAAGAAGUCAAAAUACUUAAACUUGCAUUAUAGAAAUUUGGAAUUGGAAAAUGGAGAAGCAUCAUAUAAUCAGAAUGUUUACCAGAUAAAUCUAUUGGAUAGAUUUAUAUAUAAACUUAAAGAAUGCUUGGAUAAUAAUCAUUGGGAGAUUUUAUGGGUAUUGAAUUAAUAGUUAUCAUAUAGGAUUAUAGAUUGAUUUAGAAAAGGUUUGGAUAGACAAUAAUUAAAAAAAAGGAGUAAUGAGAAAAAAUGGAUGUGUUAUUAAUACAGGAGAUAAUCCAAAUAAAGAAGAAAGGAAAUAAAGAAUUGAAGAAAAUAGAUAGAAGUAUUCCAUAUCUUUAGAUGAAGUAAGAAUAUUUGAGUAUGAUGUAAGAUUAAUAAAAUAAAGUUGCCUCGCUUUAAGAAUGAUUGUGUAGCUAAAUAUUUCACAAUUUAAGAAAUAGAAAAUGAUUAAUUUACAACUAUAGAAAAAUUAUAACAUUUUGUAAACCUUGAAAUAGAGAUUGAUAAAAAACUUAAAAAGAUUUUACUUAUGAAAUAAAAUACAAAUGGUAUUUGUUAAGUUAAUGGUAAUAAUAAUCAUAAUAAUAAUAAUCAUAAUAAUAAUAAUAAUAAUAAUGGUAAUAAUCACUUAGAUGAAUAAAAAUGA